AUGAGUCUCCGCACUCCCCUGCACCUUGGCUUCUGGCUUUGGCUGUGGCUGGGUGCUGCCCGGGGACAUGGACAGAGACAAGUGGGCAGCCGCCUGAGGCUGUCAGUGCUGACUGAGGACCGGCUGCAGAUGAAGUGGACGGAGUCAGAGGGGUGCAUCCUUGGCUAUCUGGUACAGGUGACACCUGUGGCAGGGGACUCAGAGCAGGAGGUCAUGCUGACCACCAAGACCCCCAAGGCCACGGUGGGGGGCCUGAGCCCCUCCAAGGGCUACAGUGUGCAGAUCUUUGAGCUCACAGGCGCCGGACGUGUCCUGCUGGCCCAGAGGGAGUUCGUGAUUGAGGGUCUGAAGAGCAACCCCCUGGCCAGGAGCAGCGGGAGGCCCAUAGCGGCGGCCCUAGAGCCCACCCCCUCCCUCAUGGGGAGCCCAGACCCGAAGCAGACUUCAGACCCCCAAGUUGCCUUCACACCAAACCAGGACCUGCCCAUUCCUGCUGGCCCCCAGUUCCGCUGUCUGCCCCCCAUGGCUGCCGACAUGGUUUUCCUGGUGGAUGGGUCCUGGAGUAUCGGCCACAGUCACUUCCAGCAGGUCAAGGAUUUCCUGGUCAGCCUCAUUGAGCCCUUUGAAAUUGGGCCAGAUAAAGUCCAAGUAGGCCUGACUCAGUACAGCGGAGAUCCCCAGACCGAGUGGGACCUGAACUCCUUCAGCUCCAAGGAGCAGGUGCUGGCCGCCGUGCGCAGCCUCCGCUACAGGGGAGGGAACACGUUCACAGGCCUGGCCCUGGCCCAUGUGCUUGGACGGAACCUGCAGCCCUCAGCAGGCCUGCGUCGGGAGGCAGCUAAGCUGGUGGUUCUGGUAACAGACGGGAAGUCCCAGGACGACGUGCACCCCGCGGCCCGGGUGCUCCAGGACCUGGGUGUGGAUGUCUUUGCUGUGGGUGUGAAGAAUGCGGAUGAAACUGAGCUGAGGCUCCUGGCAUCUCCGCCAAGGGAUAUCACUGUCCACAAUGUGCAGGACUUCCCCCAGCUGGGUACGCUGGCUGGCUUGGUCAGCCGCCUUCUCUGCCAGAGACUCCAAGGCAGGAGUCCACCGCGGGCUCCAGUGGCAGCUCCAGCCCUGGCCACCCUCCCUGCCCCCACAAGCCUGGUCCUGGGGCAGGUGACAGCCACCAGCAUCCACCUUUCCUGGACCCCCGCCCACCAGCCACCCCUCAAGUAUCUGAUUGUGUGGCAGGCGUCCCGAGGUGGUGCCCCCAGUGAGGUGGUGGUAGAGGGGCCCGCCUCGUCUGCAGAGCUCCACAAUCUGACCUCCAGCACGGAGUACCUGGUCUCCGUUUUCCCUGUUUACGAGGCUGGGGUGGGAGAGGGACUGCGGGGCCUGGUCACCACAGCACCUCUGCCCCCGCCUCAGGCACUAACCCUGGCCACAGUGACCCCCAGAACCCUCCACCUCACCUGGCAACCCUCGGCUGAGGCCACCCACUACCUGGUGCGAUGCUGGCCCACCUCCCCCAAGGGCGAGGAGGAGGGGAGGGAGGUGCGGGUGGCACAGCCCGAGGUGUUGCUGGAUGGCCUGGAGCCCGGCCGGGACUAUGAGGUCUCAGUGUGCAGCCUACGAGGCCCCGAGGCCAGUGAGGCCCGUGGUAUCCAUGCCAGGACCCCCACCUUGGUGCCCCCACGACACCUGAGCUUCUCGGACGUGAGCCACGACUCAGUGUGUGUGUCCUGGGAGGGCACUCUGCGGACUGUACACCUGGUCAGGAUUACCUAUGUCUCCAGCGAGGGCGGCCACUCGGGGCAGUUGGAGGCCCCUGGGAAUGCCACCUCGGCCACGCUGAGCCACCUCUCUUCCUCCACCACCUACACUGUCCGCAUUACCUUCCUCUACCCUGGGGGCAGCUCUUCCACGUUGACUGGUCGUGUGACCACAAGGAAAGCCCCCAGCCCCAUCCAGCUGUCGGUGACGGAGCUUCCAGGGGAUGCAGUCCGGCUGGCAUGGGUGGCCCCAGCCUCGUCCGGUGUGCUGGUUUACCAGAUCAAGUGGACGCCCCUGGGAGAGGGGAAGGCGCACGAGAUCUCUGUCCCGGGGAGCCUGGGCACGGCCGUCCUGCCAGGCCUGGGGAGGCAUGCAGAGUACGAAAUCACUAUCCUGGCCUACUACAGGGAUGGUGCCCGCAGCGACCCUGUAUCCCUCCGCUACAGCCCCGCCACGGUGAUCAGGAGCCCCCCCUCCAGCCUGGCCCUGGCCUCAGAGACCCCUAACAGCCUGCGGAUCAGCUGGACGCCCCCCAGUAGCCACGUGCUGCACUACCGUAUCACCUAUGCACCUGCCUCGGGCUCGGGGCCUGAGAAUUCAGUCUCCCUGCCGGGAUCUAGGAGCCACGCAACGCUGUCCAACCUGCAGGCGUCCACCAAGUACAGGGUCCUGGUCUCAGCCAUUUACAGAGCAGGCGAGAGCGAGGCAGUAUCUGCCACAGGCCGGACAGCAACCUGCCCGGCGCUCCGACUCAACAGCUCCCUCCUAGGGUUUGACCUGAUGGCACCCUUUGGCCUCGUGGAGAAGGCUUACGCCUCCAUCCGUGGUGUGGCCAUGGAGCCCUCAGUGCUGGGCGGGGCCCCAACCUUCACACUCUUCAAGGACGCCCAGCUGACCAGACGAGCCAGUGACAUCCACCCGGCUGCCCUCCCUCAGGAGCACACCAUCGUUUUCCUCAUGCGCCUCCUCCCCGAGACACCCCGUGAAGCCUUUGCGCUGUGGCAGAUGAUGUCCGAGGACUUCCAGCCCGUCCUUGGAGUUCUGCUGGAUGCUGGCAGAAAGUCCCUGACCUACUUCACCCGAGACCCCAGGGCAGCCCUGCAGGAGGCCAGCUUCGACCUACAGGAAGUGAGGAAGAUCUUCUUUGGAAGCUUCCACAAGGUGCAUGUGGCUGUGGGCCACACCAGGGUCAGGCUCUAUGUGGACUGCCAGAAGGUGGCCGAGCGCCCUCUUGGGGAAGUGGGCAGCCCACCCACCACCGGGUUCGUCACGCUGGGGCGGCUGGUCAAGGCCAGGGGCCCCCGGAGCAGCUCAGCCACGUUCCAGCUGCAGAUGCUGCAGAUCGUGUGCAGUGACAACUGGGCAGAUGAGGAUCAGUGCUGUGAGCUUCCUGCGUUGAGGGAUAGAGAGACUUGUCUGACCUUCCCUUCUGCCUGCACCUGUUCCUCGGAGACCCCUGGACCUCCAGGGCCCCAAGGGCCUCCAGGCCUCCCGGGGAAGGACGGCACCCCAGGAGAGCAGGGCUUCCCAGGGCCCAGGGGUCCACCGGGGGUCAAAGGAGAGAAGGGGGACCAUGGACUCCCAGGCCUGCAGGGCCUCCCUGGCCACCAGGGCAACCCAGGGAGAGUCGGCCUCCAGGGACCAAAGGGAAUGAGAGGACUGGAGGGGACGGCUGGCCUGCCUGGACCCCCAGGACCCAGGGGAUUCCAGGGCAUGGCAGGGGCCAGGGGCAGCAGUGGGGAGCGAGGGGCCCCAGGGGCCGUGGGGCCCACGGGGCUGCCGGGGCCCAAAGGGGAGCGAGGCGAGAAGGGUGAGCCGCAGUCCCUGGCAACCAUCUACCAGCUCGUGAGCCAGGCCUCGCACGUGCUGAGGUUUGACUCCUUCCUCCAUGAGAACACCAGGCCCCCGAUGCCCAUCUUGGGGGAGAAGGCGGAGUCCCCAGGGUCCCCCGGCACACGCAGACAGGCCCCACUUCCCAGACAAUGGGAGGGCAGAGGCCACCUGGGCAACAGAGGGGAGCCAGGAGCUAUCAGUCAGACAGACAGCUCUGGGCCACAGGGUGCCCAGCCUCCAGGACACCUGGGAGGGCCAGGACAUUCCCCAUGCUGCCCUGAGUAGCUCAGCACCCUGGUCCGUAUGGAUGCCGAUGGUGAGCUCGGCAUGGGAAGGCAGGAAGGAGACCCUUGGGAAUCAGAGGGGCAGGAAGGAAAAGGCCCUGGUUGUCCCCAGGCCUCACCUGUAGCCCUUCGUUCAGAUAAAC